AACUAGACUGGGAAUUGAAGUUUAUAUAUAACUCAUUCAUAAUCCUCCUGUUCAAGAGUCUUGAGCUUGGCUGCCAUCCAUGGACUCAGCUCUCUGCUUCAGUCCCUCUUCUCAUUCCUCCAUCUCCCUGACAUCUCUCAGCUAUCUUCAGGCUACAUCAGAUGCCAAGAACCUAAGAACUAUAUCCUUCAGAAAAUGGAACACCAGGAAAUACAUGCAAGCGAUCGGAAGAAGGUACACCAUAAGAUCGGAGUGCAUCACUGACCAAGCCAUGGCAGUCGAUACCUCGGUGAGCCCACGAGCAAACUCCUUGAAGCCAUCUAAGACCAUGGUCAUAGCUGACCGUGCCACUGCUCUCAAAGAAUCAGGUGUGCCCAUCAUAAAGUUGGCCGCAGGAGAGCCCGAUUUCGACACACCGAAAGUGGUAUUUGAGGCUGGAAUUAAUGCUAUUCGCAAGGGCUACACAAGAUACACACCCAAUGCUGGGAAUUUGGAGCUCCGAAAGGCAAUCUGUCAUAAGCUCAAGGAGGAGAAUGGGCUAUCUUAUAACCCUGAUCAAAUUCUGGUAAGCAAUGGCGCCAAGCAAUCUGCCCUACAGGCUGUGCUUGCAGUUUGCUCCCCAGGAGAUGAGGUUAUAGUUCCAGCACCAUACUAUGUCAGCUAUCCUGAAAUGGCUAGGCUAGCUGAUGCAAAACCAGUAAUCCUGCACACAAGUAUUUCAGAUAAUUUUCUUCCCAAGCCAGAGUCUCUCGCUUCCAUACUCAAUGAGAAGUCAAGGUUGCUGAUAAUCUGCUCCCCUAGCAAUCCCACUGGAGCUGUUUAUCCCAGAGAGCUGCUUGAAGAGAUUGCUGAUGUAGUUAGAAAGCAUCCAAGGCUACUAGUGAUGACUGAUGAGAUAUAUGAGCACAUCAUAUUUCCACCAGCAAAGCACACGAGCUUUGCUUCUUUGCCUGGAAUGUGGGAAAGAACCCUGACUGUGAACGGCUUUUCAAAGGCUUUUGCAAUGACUGGCUGGCGACUUGGAUACCUUGCCGGUCCGACACACUUUGUAGCAGCAUGUGGAAAGAUUCAAAGCCAGGCCACAUCCGGAGCCAGCAGCAUUUCACAGAAUGCAGGACUUGCAGCGUUGGGGAUGGGCUUUGCAGGUGGUGAAACAGUUUCCACCAUGGUCAAGGCAUUUCAGGAGCGACGGGAUUUCUUAGUUAAAGCUUUCAGGGAACUGAAGGGUGUUAAGAUAGCAGAGCCACAAGGUGCCUUCUAUCUGUUUCUAGAUGUCAGUGCCUACUAUGGAGCUGAGGUUGAAGGGUUCGGCACCAUCAAACACUCUGAAUCUUUUUGCCGCUUUCUGCUGGAGAAGGCUCAGGUUGCACUUGUCCCAGGAGAUGCGUUUGGGGAUGACAACUGCAUCAGGAUCUCCUUUGCAGAGUCUCUGCCAACCAUAAAAGAGGCAGUGGAGAGGAUAAAGAAAGCUCUGGCUCUUAUUAGGCCAAAGAUUCCAUUUUGAUCACUCAAAAUAAUGUUAUAGUAUCAAAAUCACCAUGGCAGCCACAGCAGUUAGUGUCCAAGUUGUCAAUGAGGAAUAAACCGAGGAAAGUAAAACAAAAUAAGGAAUGACUUUGUAUGAUUGUACUAGAAAAUAAAUGGAGCAUAUGUCGGAUAAUUUCUUAAAUUUCUUUUAAAAAAAAGGGUGCUAUACAAGUAAAUAUUAAUAUUUAA